GUUGUAUGUUAUUGCUGGGCAAUAUGAUAAAGCAUUUUCAUUUUAUGCUGAUCUUAUGAAACCAGAACUCUUUGAUUUCAUUGAUAAAUAUAACCUACAAGAUUCAAUCCAUGAAAAGGUUGUCCAAUUGAUGAUGUUGGAUUGCAAGCGUGCAGUUCCUUUAUUGAUCCAGCAUAGGGACUUAAUAAGUCCACAAGAAGUUGUGAAGCAACUUCUAAAUGCUGAUGUUAAGUGUGACUGCAGAUACUUUUUACAUUUGUAUCUCCAUUCACUAUUUGAAGUAAAUCCGCAUGCUGGGAAAGACUUUCAUGAUAUACAGGUUUUAACAGACUCUAGCCAUGCCCUGCUUUUGUAA